GUGUGUGUGUGUGUGUGUGUGUAUGUGUGUGUUUGUUUUGUGUAUAAAAGCCUCUCUCUCCAUGCUUUCACUUCACUCCUGUAGCUCCCUAUUGCAUUGCAGAGAGGAGCAAGAACUGAAGAGUGGAGAGGGGGGGACACGACCAGAGGAAAUCUCUGUGUUACAGUGGGAGACAUUUCUUUGACCUUCCCUCUUUUUUCUCUCUCUGUCUCUCUCUCUGUCUCUCUCUCUCUCCCCCUUACUCCCUGAUCUCCACAUGUUUUUCGGGUCUCCCUUUUUUCUGCCUUCUCCUUCUUUGUAGACGUCUCUGCUCUGCUUGGACGGUGGCUGCAUUGAUGCAAAAUGGGUUGUGGCAAUUCCUCAGCCACCAGCACAUCAGGAGGGGGGCCAGCAGACGCCUCCAAAGAUGUGACAGAAGAUCCCACGGUAGACGAUGAGAAAAGAAGGAACUAUGGCGGCGUAUAUGUAGGUCUACCUGCGGACCUGACUACCGUGGCUGCCAGUCAGUCUAAGUCUACACAUAAAGACUAACAGCAACUGAAAGGAACCACAGGAUCCUGCGUAUUCAUUCAUCCAGAGACACUCACAUCACUUAAUACAGUCUCAGCCUGUUUGAGCCAGGAUGUGGACAGCUUGCCAGAGCACAUUAGACGCCCCCUCAUGGAGUCAGGGGGGGCACAGUGAUGCAGGGGUGCGGAGUGGAGGUCUUGAGACAGCAUCCAUCAUCAACCUUAACUUUGCAAAAAAAGCAGAUGGGCAUGGGAGCGGACAAGCAGCCUCCCUGAGACUGGCAGCAGCUGGCUUUGUGACAGCCAUCUUUGCUUCUCUGUCACACCGCUCGCACGUCCUCUUUCUUUCUCAGGGGGAGACAGCGGAGCCAGUCAACUCUAUGAACUGUCUUGGACUUGCGCACAUUCCCAACAGCCCCCUGCAAAAAUAAUCACUGCUCCGUUGUUUCUCUGAGGACGUCAUCAAUGAUUCAUUGUGUGGCUGAGACAGAAAGUUAGAGAGACAGAGAAUAAUCUCAGCAGCUAGUUUUCUUUUUAAAGAUGUCCCCAAAUGUCCCUGGAUGUGUAAAGCAGUGUGUACCUGGUGUUGCCACUUAACUUGUGCCCCAGACUUGUUAUGUAACGUCAUCAUCAUAUGACUCAUGAUACUCUCUCUCGUUCCUUCUUUUGCCCUCCCUCUCUCUCUCUCAUGCUCUCUCAGCAGCUGCUUGUUUUUCUUUGAUUCUAGGGCUUCUGGGUAAAUCACACAGCUCCUAUAAUCUUUCCCAGAAGCAGUUUGUUUAUAUCUCAUAACACAAAUGUGAUGUCAUGUAAAAUGUAAACAAAGGAAGUCUAUUAGCAAUGACAGAAUCCAUGACUAUAUAUUAUAUCCUCCCUUGUUUUUUAUAAAUCGAUUGUCAAUGUAUGUAGAUCUUGUUAGAGUCCAUUUUAUACAAUAUAUAAUCUCACACUUUAUUGUGAAGGGUGUUCUUCUCUAUGUAAUACACUUAAGGUAAAGCUAGGGCUAGGUGUUUUUAUUUUUUUUAAAUUGUCAACAUUUCCCAUGUGUAGGCUUAGACCACUUGUACUUUGGUGUGACACAAAAUUCUCAUCACAAGGUCCGAUCACUUGGUGCUAUACUUGGUUUCUUUUAUACUUUGACCUACUUUAGCUGAGUCUUUCACUUCAACUGAGUCGAAGAUGAUACAACCUUGGACACAUAUUUGUUAUAAAAUUUAUGGGUCCUAUUUUAUUUAAAUCUGAACUUCCCACACAAUAAUCAGGAAAGUCUUUUUUCCCCCCUUUUUAAAAAAAAAAAUGUCUUUACUUUCUGUCUUCUCAGGUUCCAAGCUUUUUUUGUUUCAACUGAUGAUUCACAUCCAUGUAGAACGGAGUUGAGAAUGAAUAGAUUCAUUCAAAAGACCCAACUAUUUCCCAAAGCAGCUGGGCACUGUAGUUUUUUUUACAAAAAGAUUCCUCGACAGCAGUGAAAAGUGUGCUUUUUGGGACUAUUUUCAGUUGUGGAUUAAUACACAUUUGUGUUAUCGUUAGUGCCCUAGUGAGUAUUUACAAUAACAGGACAGUGUCUGACCUCAUUUUCCACUAUAUAGUAUAAUUUACAGCUUUGCUACCUUACUUUUGAUACCAGGUUAUUCUCUGAUAACUUUUAAUGUAAAUGUUCUCAGAGGUCAAAGCAAUCGCAUGGCUAUGAGAGUAACAUUGAUUCAAAUUGGGGUCAUGCUACAGAAAAUAGAAUAAGCAUUGACUAAGCGCUUUUUUAGUGACCAUUCUAGUUGUGAUUCUCUCUCAACAAUCAAUGGAGUGUUUUAACUAGACCAUAUUAGAGGUGAUACUUAAAAAAUAGCACCAAGCACUAUCCAUUUCUUUUGCCAGUGGAACAAAGACAAAGAACCGUUUAAAGCAUGUCUGGCCAGUAAGCGUUAAGCCAUACCAUUGUGUAUAAAAGGAGCCAUUUGUGGAACACAAUAAAUCUAUAGUGCCCUUGUUCAUCAUAAUGUCACCCAGUACAGCAAUAUGACUCACUGAUGUAUUUUACAAGAGGUCUAUAGUGCAGGAGAAUGAGCGACUGUAUAUCAAACUUCUGCUUUCGUAAAGCUCUAUAUGUGUUCGUCGGACCAAUCCAUUGUUUUUUUUCAUGGGAUUUGUUGACAACAAGAAAAAUAUCACCAACCUAAGCUUCCCACAAGAAAUCUCAUCACAGUAUUCUCAGAAAUACAAAAAAAACAGUUACAGCUGGGACAAAAGUCAUUUUUCAGCCAGGCCCUUGACGGCCCUCUCCUCUGAUGAAUGUACAACAUCCUUCACUCACCAGGAGCCCAGAGGAGGAUGGAAAUAGGCCAACUUCAGACACUUGUUAUCAAGAGAUGUUCUUUUUCGUGCGACACAAAAUGGUUUUAUUUGCCUUUGUGUGUCUGUGUGUGUAGCAUUAAAUGAGCAAUCGUAUAAAAACGAAGACUUCUUUCACCAUGCCUAAACACAAGCUUACUGUUUACCAUCUGUUACCGUCUGUUUAAGUGAAACUAACUAGCUUCCAUUAUCUGUCACAUUGAUACAAAAGGAUUUCAUGUAGUGUCUUAUGAUUACAAGCCAUUUGUUAGCUCACAUUCUUCCAGCGUUUACACUGUUGAUCUGCGACAGAGAUAUACAGUGAUCUACUGUAUACAAAAGGAGCGGUUUUAUGAACUGUUUAGUUUACAGCACAUCAGUACUGCAGUUUGCCUCCAGCAUUGUAGCACUAAUUUGAUCAAAACCCCAUCUGAGACGUGAUAUUUUUGGUGUCCCUUUUCUCAGAAGUCUACAUCUCCGUCCUGCUGCUGCCUCAGUCGCUCUGCGUGAGUCCGCACCAGAGGCCUCUGGCUUUGACAGCAUGUUGCACCGCUUGUCUCUCCCUCUUUUAUCAACCACUCUUUGCCCUUUGUGGCUGAUCCUCCUGUAUAUGAUGAAUGCCGUUGCCUUUGCCCUAUUCAAUUAGUCCAGCAGGGACACUAGGGCAAAAUGUGGAUCCCUUAAAAUGCCACUGUGGUGCAUUGUGGGAUAGUUAAACAAAGCUGUGGUAAGCAGUAUGUCAUUGAAUGUUGUUUGGGUGGGCUGUGUCUAAAGUAGUAUAUUCUGCAUUAUAAGAAGUAGUUGAAAGGAAUACAUAUAUUCUCUUUCAUACCAGAGUUAGAUGUGAAGAUUGAUAUGACUUUCAUGUCUGUAUGCUAUAUAUAAAGCUACAAGUAGCAGCCGGUUAGCGUAAACCCUUUUCACACAUACAGAAAUCUCCUGAAAAACUCCUGAGAUUUGGCUACCCGGAGGUGCUUUAGGCAUUGUGUGAACGCAAAAAGCCACAUUUUUCUUGCGGUCUUUACCUGGAGUUUCUCCGGCCAGACCCCUAGUAUUUUUUUUCUUCGGAAAAUCCGAGUGAGCUGAUGUCUGAACGCGGCAGCAUAUACUCCGCAGAUUUCAACUCGAGCCAAUAGAAAACGGCUUUAGCUUACUGUAGCAUAUUGACUGAAACAAGAGGGAAAUAGCUAGCCUAGAUCUCUGCGGAAGUUUUCAAACCAACCUACCACAACCAUGUCUCUUGUUUUAAUGUUACUUUACCACUUUUCUUAUCAUGUGGUAAAAGCAGCAUAUCACUUGAUUAUGUGUACAGACAAGAGUCUUUCUUUGAAACAUUACAUUAAUUAUACAGUACAAUAUGAGCUAUUAUCAAGUCGAGUCCAAAGUCAUGAAAUUUGUGACUCGAGUCUACACUUCUGGUUGUACUACUUCAGUGUUUGCUAAGAGAUUGUUACUGUGGAUAGUUUUGAAUUCAGGGGUGUGUCCAAACUCCAGCCUGUGGUGGCGUUUAGGCAAUAACUUACUUUAUGUUUAAGUUAGACUUUAAACAGGACGGACAGCUACGUCUCAUUCACUGCUGACAUUUUCUGUAUGUAACAUAGCCACACACAUUUGAUUAAUGCUGAUGUCACUAAAGAGUGGAAAUGGCAUUGCAAGAAAGCCAAUUUUGACACAAAAUGCUUAGUCAGACAUUACACUUUUAUACAAGGCUUUUUAGUAACAACGUAACUGGUCAGGUACAUUUAUUAAGGUUUCUUUUGAAUGUUUAUAGAAAAAACUGAAUUUAUUGGCAUUGUGUGUUUUGUUGUUGCAUCAGCUCAUCUUUGUGGUAUGAAUCUUCUCAUGUUACUUAUGUUGCACAAUAGCAGAAAAGUUAAUUUUUCAAACAGUCAGACAUCCCCUUCAAUGUUUGGACUCACAAGAUCCUUAUGGUUUUGGACCAUUUGAAAUUGUAUAAUUAUUUUCUCACACUGAAAAAGACUUGAAGUUGUGAUAAAAAACAAACAAACAGUGUCUCUUUGUGAUAUCGACCACUGAAAGAUGUUACUGUUACAGAGGUGAUGACUGAGUUGAUAGAAUUCUUUAAUGAUGUUUUACACUGAAAAUCAUAAUUGGCUGUUCAUUGUCUCUUGUUCAAAUGUUUUGUCUUGACUUUCAUUCACUGAUGUUCUUCAUAUGUCAGAGUUUUAUAAUAAAUGUCCCCACAAACCAAUUCAUCAACUAUGCUGACAUGAGGUGAAUAAAAAAAACAUGCCUGCCUCUGACAAACUCA